AUGACUCUACCCCACCUGAUGUUAAGUGGUGAUAAAGGUUAUGAAAAUAUGUUACCAAAAAAAUUAGUUUUAUUCUUAAUUUUUUACCUCAUUAAUACAAGAGUGGAAUGUCAAAAGAAUGGGAGUCGGCAGUCAUUUCUUCAAAGUCCACUGCUGGAUAUCAUGAUGCAGACUAUGGCACCAAACUACAUGCCCCGGAACCCUGCUGACCUAUUCGAUUCAUUAAGAGAUAGCUACCCUUUACCAAAUGGCUUGACGGCGCCAUUUUCGGAAUACGACUACGUUAUAGUGGGGGCUGGGUCUGCUGGCAGUGUACUGGCUUCCAGGCUGAGUGAGGACCCUAGCGUGACCGUACUGCUACUGGAGGCUGGGAAGCCGGAGAUGCUGAUUACUGACGUGCCGGCCAUCGCACCGUUCUUCCAAAGAACCGAGUACAGCUGGCCCUACUUCAUGGAACCUCAACCAGGAGUCUGUUUAGGAAUGAGAAACCAAAGGUGCUACUGGCCACGGGGCAGAGCGGUCGGUGGCACGAGUGUUAUUAACUACAUGAUCUACACCAGAGGACGGCCUGAAGAAUGGGACCGCAUUGCUGCCGCAGGCAACUAUGGAUGGUCCUACAGAGAAGUGUUAGAAUAUUACAAAAAGUCAGAACGCGCCGACCUACCAGGCCUAGAAAACUCUCCGUAUAGAGGAUUAAAAGGAGAAAUGAACGUAGAAUUCGUACCUUUCAGAACACCACUGAUCAGCACAUUUUUAGAAGCCGGGCGAUUACUUGGAUACCCUACAUUAGAUUAUAACUCUCCUGAACAACUCGGAUUUGGUUAUUUGCAAGCUACCAUGAAAUCGGGUAAAAGGGUCAGUUCGGCAAAAGCAUUUUUACAUAAUAAUAAAGACCGCCCCAACCUUCAUAUACUUCCGAUGAGUAUAGUCACCAAAGUCCUCAUCGAUAGCAAGACAAAAACAGCAACUGGAGUACAAUAUGUUCGCCAGCGUUUAAGAAUGGAAGUCAAAGCUCGAAGAGAGGUUAUUUUAUCUGCUGGACCCAUAGCAUCACCUCAAUUACUUAUGCUGUCAGGGAUCGGCCCAAAAAAGCACCUUAGCCGUCAUAGUAUUCCUUUGGUACAAGAUCUUCCAGUAGGACGUACCCUCUAUGACCACAUAACAUUCCCUGGAUUGGUAUUCACACUCAAUGUUACCAACGUCAGCUUAAUAGAGACUCGGGAAACGACUUUUUCCAAUGUGAUUCGAUGGAUUCAGUUUGGUGAUGGUCCAGCUUCGACUACUGGUGCGGCAGAAGGGAUAGGAUACAUCAAAACUGCUGUCUCCGAUGAUCCUGAACCUGUACCAGAUAUAGAACUAAUCAGCAUAGGCGGUUCUAUCGUAUCUGAUGGCGGUCCAGGUGGAAGUAAGGCCGUUAGAAGAGGGAUGAUGAUAACUAACGAUAUAUUUGAUAGAGCAUAUGGCUCAAUUGACGCAACGGAUACUUGGACCGCUUUUCCUAUGUUACUUCAUCCUAAAUCUGUUGGGCGUUUAGAGUUAAGGAAUAACAAUCCUUUCAGUUAUCCAAAGAUGUAUGGGAACUACUUGACUGACAGAAGAGAUGUUGCCACUUUUAUAGAAGCAAUACGUUUUAUACAAGCGUUAGCUGAGACGGAACCAUUCCGGAUAUUUGGAGCGCGUAUUCACGAGGCCCAAUAUCCUGCUUGCCGUGGGUUGAUAUUUGAUUCUGAUGUUUAUUGGGAGUGUGCCGUAAGGACUCUUUCUGCGACUUUGCAUCACCAGAUCGCGACCUGUCGUAUGGGACCUGAUACCGAUCCACUAGCCGUGGUGGAUCCGGAACUGCGAGUGCACGGAGUUCAACGGCUACGAGUCGUAGAUUCCAGUGUCAUCCCACGAACAGUUUCGGUGCACACUAAUGCACCUGCCAUUAUGAUUGGUGAAAAGGCGGCAGAUAUGAUCAAGGCUAGCUGGAGUUAA